AUGUCCGACAACAAGCCAACAGACAAUCAUCGCAAGACCUUGAAAGAGGGCAGCCCAGAAGAAAGAGUCAAAACCUGGUUACAGCUGUCACAAAAUGAUAACGGUCAUUCCAAGCAAGGAGAUUGGAUGAAUACCCUCAUCCCUCAUCUCCAGCUCGUGUCCACCAAUGCUGAAGGAGCUCACCCGUCAUGCGUAUUCUCAUAUACAGUCCAGCCCGAUAAUUGCAACAGGCUACAGAACCUACACGGAGGUUGCGCAGCCACACUCUUUGACUGGUGUACGACAUUACCCCUUGCUUUGGUGAACAAGCCUGGCUUCUGGCAGCAUAUGGGCGUGAGUAGGACACUCAGCGUCACUUAUAUGCGACCUGUGCCAGUUGGAACUGAGGUAUUGAUUGAGUGUUCGAUUACUCAGGUCGGGAAGAAAUUAGCCUCUCUGCAUGGAAGUAUGAGAAGGAGGUCAGAUAAUCUUCUCCUGGCCACAGCUGAGCACGGAAAAGUCAAUAUUGAUAGCGAUAUCAAGGCCAAGAUGUAG